AUGAAUGGACAUGAGGUCAAGGAAGAAGCAACAGCACUGUGUAUAGAGGCAUUUGACAGCUGUGAGAGGCCAUGGGUAGCAUUGACACAACUGAGUGAAUUUCUUCCUGAACUUAAAGGAGAAAAUUUAACAAAACCAAAUACUUCUGAUGUAAGAUUGGGGAUAGUUGAUGGAUCUCACGUCACUAAAAAUGUUGAAGUACAAAGCGUUCUCGAAAAAUUUAACAUACCAGUGAUACCUCUUGAACUGAGUGCUGUGUAUAUAACACCAAGUGAAAGGGGCAUGGCUAUUGCAGCAAUGGUGAAACAUUUGAAAUGGAAUCAUGUGAUGGUUGUGCAUGGUACUGAUGACUACAGUAAAAAUGUUCUGCAUACAUUUAUCAGCUUAACAACAAUGAGUGAUGACUUCUGCAUAGUCUCUGCCCAGGAAUAUCACACUGCCCCUCAAACAGGAAACAGCAACAUUGAUAGACAAACUGUUACAAAAAAUCAGCAGCUUUAUGGGUCUAUGUUGUCUGUUCUAAAGCUGCAGCUUCCCGUAGUGGUUCUUAUGAGUUUCUCCAACUAUUACUCUUUUUUAAAAGAUUUCCGUACAUAUCUACACUCUGGAAACCUGUCACAUGUUAUUGAUAGCAAGCAAAAGAAGAAUAAAUUCAUUUUUUCUGACCUUCUAACGCAUGAAGAUUUAUCCUUAAUAAAUGAAACUUCUUUUGAUGUCUACUCUGUGACAUUAUUACCUGAUUACGUGCCAGCAUUUGAGGACUACUGGGAAAAUAGAAAAGCUCAUGCGAAGAAUUUGUCACAGACACGCACACAGAAGGACAGAUGGCUUUUUCAGUACCUUCAGCAGAUACAUAAUACAACAGAGGACUCACUACAUAUUGCAUUACGAACAAGAGCUGUACUUUCUUCCAGCUACACAGUCCUUGUAUUUGCUCAAGCUCUAGAACAGGCCUGGAAAUCUGCAUGUUUCAAUAAAAAUGAUGACUUAUGCCCAGAAAUGAUGGAUCUUGGAAGAAAUGUGUUCUUGGAAAAUUAUUUUGAGCCAGUCCUAAAGAACUCUGCAGUGUUCAAUCAAAGUGAAACUGAGGAAGAGCAAAGAAAGUUUCACACAUUUGUGCUUGUGAAGUACCAGAAUUCCUUACAGAAAAAUGAUUCUGUUGAGUUAACCAAGGUCAUGCUGUUCAACUCAGCCAGUGGUGCACAUUUAGUAAAUGAAGAGAUUCUGCCUAACUUAAUUGUUGCUUGUCCUGUGGAUGAGAAUGGUGAACAAGACUGCAGUAUAUGUUCUCAAAUCAGACUUGAUCGUGGAGACUCAGGCAGACACUACAGUGUUUAUGCUCAAAAUGUACACAAGGUGGAGACAAGGAAACUUUUGACUCAGACGUAUAUGGAAGAGAAAGACUAUACAAUACUUCUCAAGUCACAGAAUAAUAUGUAUAUUGCAUUUGUACUUCCUGUUCAUAAUGGCACUGAUGCUGAUUCACUUAUUCGAUGCAGACAGGAUGCUCCAGUUGAUACUGAGGCUGUGAGACAACUAGAAGCAUUUCUGUGGGCACUACAAAAAGUUAAUGGUAAUUUGAAAAAGACUUUAGGCGGAAAUAUUGAAAUAGGAGCCAUUUUAUUGGAUACCUGCAGUUCACGGGUGAGAAUGAUGACAUUAGCUGCAGGAUUAGAAACUUUUUCAAAUAAGAUCACUGAUCAACAUAGUCAUAAAGUAAUAGCAGCCAUCAAUGGAUUAAGAUCACCUGAUGGAAAAGUGUUGGAUGAAAUUUUAUCUUCGCUUAAUAUAACAUCCAUAUCAGUCAGCCAGUCAUCUACUUUCAAAACUGUGGACACAAACAGAGGAGCUUUCAUACUACAGGUUGCACCUGAAUUAACAGCACUAACAACAACAGUUAUGAAAAUGCUUGAACAUUUUGGAUGGACAUAUAUAAGUGUUGUGUAUUCAGCAACAAAAGAAGAGUAUGAAUUUAUGUUUAAACAUCUUCAGAAAACUGCAGCUCAGUCUGGAGUGUGUUUUGCUCUUGAAGAAGGCUUAAAAACUACAGAGAACAUGACUGAAGUGUCCAACUUGGUGAGGCUCCUUGUGGAAUCACGUGCAUCUGGUGCCAGAGGUGUUCUACUGCUCCUCUCUCCAAAUGACCUGCAAUUAUUAAUGCAAAGUGUUGGACAAGCCCUGGGACAUGGAACACUUAGACGAGAAGACCUCUUUUGGCUUGUUGUUAAUGUUGACGGAGAAGCACAACACAUUCUAGAACAAUACAGAAAUUUUCUUAGUGGGGUCCUGACAUUUGGUCCACAGAAGAGACCAGUAAGAGAAUUUCUGCAGCAUUUGUGGCAACUGCAACUAGGAAGUAGAAGAUCUGAAAAGAAUCCAUGGCUCCAUAAAUAUUAUCAGAAGGUAUCUCACUGUAAUGAUGCAAAAUGUAAACAUUUGGUUGAAGUAGGCAGCUACACUGACUUCAAUGUGAUACAAGCUGUGUAUGCAAUUGGGAAAGCAUUUCAAAAUAUGGCAAAUGACAUGUGUUUUGUCAUGUUUAAUUCUACAUGCAUGGAAAAUAUAGAGAGGUCACCAUUGACUUUAAACCAAUAUCUCAGAUCAACAACUUCUGAAAGAGCAGAUGGUAUUCAUAGCAGCUUGUUUCAGUUCAAUGAAAAUGGAGGAGGAAAUGUUCCUAUUGAAAUAUUUAAUCUUAAAAGAAGUAUCCAUGAAUGGAGUCAUACAUCUGCUGAUGUUCACUAUGAAAGGGUAGCAUUAUUCUCGAACAGUUCACUUAAUCUGUUGGAUGACAUAUACACAUACAGAGAUAUGGGAAGCGAGGUUGUAGUUUCGUCACUGACAUCACAGUGUGCAACAAGAACUAGCUGUUCACAAUGCAGAGGUCAUCAUAGCAAACUGGAAACAGCAGAAUGGGUGAGAACAGUAGCACUGAGGCAACAGGAAAAGAUAAAAAACACAAAAUUUUAUGUUGCUGCAGCAUUUGAUAUACAUGAAGCAUCAAUAAACCCCAUGGAAUGUGGAUCAGAAUUACAUGAGAAAGGCAUUGAACAGUUAGAGGCCUUCUUAUGGGCCAUUGAACAAGUGAAUAAGAACAGCACAUAUAUAAAUCUUGCUGCUGUUUCAUUGGAUUCAUGUGGAAGCCCUGUGAAGGCUGCUCAAGAUAUAGCAGAUCUCUUAAGCCUUCACACAUCUCUGAACAGAAAUGGAGCUUCCCAGAACACUGCAGUUGCUUUUAUUGUUGGUGGAGGGACAAAUUUAGUAUCAUCUGUAAUGGAUUCAGUAAAUUACUUGAAGAUUCCAGUGUUUGCUUCAGAGGCCAGGGGCCCACUGCCUCACAGAAAGAAAUAUGCUCCAUAUCCACUCCAGCUGGCACCAACCAGCAAAGCUUAUGCAGCAGCUGUGCUAGCACUUCUUCAAAAUUUGGGUUGGAGUUGCUUUUCUGUUAUAUACCUACAGGAUGGAAUAGAAUAUGAAGACAGUUACAGGCUAUUUGUAGACUAUGCAUCAGUUUAUGAAAAUGGAUUGAAUAUGACCAUCAGUCUUCCAGUUCCACUUCAGUACACUGCUGGAAUAAUUAGAGAAUACCUUAAGGAAAUUGCAACAGUCCAUACAAGUGGAAACAAGAUAGUUGUGCUGCUGCUCCCCAAUGAAGUGGUGGAGCUACUUUUACGAGUUUUGCAGGCAAUGGAAGAUGAGAGUCAGAUAGCUGUUGGAGCUCUCACAUUCAUAGUGCUGGGAGCAGAGAAAGCAUUGAACACUUACAGUGAACAGGCUCUCGGAACUCUUGUCGUAAGACCUGCGGCAUCACAUGUCUUGGAAUUUGAAACUUACUUCAGACAUCAUAAUCUUAGCACAAAUACACAUAACCCCUGGUUUGCUCAAUUCUGGUCAACAGUAUUUCACUGUAGGGGUGCAAACUGCCACAAUAAACUAUAUAAAGACCUUCAGAGUUAUCAUUUUAAAGCGAGCACUUCAGUAGCCAAUACCAUCAACUCUGUCCUUUCCAUAGCUCAUGCCCUUGGAGCAGUGGCAAGAGAGCUGUGUCCAGAAACAAUACUCUCCGGACAGCACUGCUCAGCAAUGCAGGAUAUUGACAGAGUGCGACAUCGCCUAUUUGAAGUUGCUCCACAUAUGGCCUUUGUUGGAGCUGGGCUAAAUACAGUAGCAUUUUCAAAGAUGGGUGAAAAUACACAUGCUGAAACUGAGGUUUUAAGCUUUCAGCGAAAUAAUAAUGGACACUACAUCUUGGUACCAGUUGGCCGCAUUGAUGCCAAAGGAAAUGUGAAAGUUAAUGAAACAAGUAUAAAGUUAUAUUCCAUGAAAAGGCGUGAUGAAGUCAGUGUAUACAAAAUACAAAGUCCUUGUGAAAUAGUGCAUGAUGGAAUUAACACUGUUUAUAAACCCAUUCUCAAAAAGGUUCCGGCAAAUAAAAACCUAUCUAUCUUAGGAAUCAUCCCUCUACAUGAGAAAGGAGAAGGCCAGUUUAACUGUGGGAAGCUCCAGUUAAAUGCAGCACUUCAUGCAGGUGCUAUAUUGUAUAAGCUGGAACAAAUCAACAAUAAUGCAUCACUUCUUGCUGGAAAUGUUUUGGGAGUGACUAUAGUUGAUAGCUGCUUCCAACCUUCAUAUGUCUAUGGAACAGCUUUUAAUACUGUGACUAAAUCAGUUGGUGAUUUUUGGACAGACAACAAACUUGGCACUGCAUCCAAUAGAGGAUCAGACAUCAUUGCAGCUAUUACAAAUGAUGUCCAGUCUUCUGAAAACAUACAAUCGCUUUUGAAAUCAAAUGGGAUUACUCACAUUACUGUCCCCAUGGACAAGUAUAAUUUGGAGGGCAUAGACCUCCACAAUGCAAAGUUCUGGGAAGAAGUUUUGCAGCACAAAGAUGCAGCCGAAGCUAUGCUUUCUGCAGCCAUGGCUAUGCGUUCUCAUUCUGUUGUCAUUGUUAGAGAGGCUGAAGAAUGGGCAGAGACUGCAUCAGAACACAUUCAGAACCAUGACUGGAUAAAAGAGGGCAUUCUGUGCCUUUCAGGAGUAUAUUCACUUUACAAUAGAAACACAGAGGGCUUAGUUGGUGCAAUAAGCUCCUCAAAUAUGAUGGUAACAGAAGAAAUAACAAAAAAACUGAGACCAGGAACAACAAUAAUAUUGUUGUUGCAAGACCCGAGAGAGGUUCAGUCAUUCUUAAAUGUAUGCCACACAAUUGAUGGACUGAUAUUUAUGACAGUUAUACAGAAUAAUCAGAAACAAAUACAAGCAGGUUUCCACAACAUUGUUACACUUAAACCUCUACUUCACCAAACUGUAGAGGAAAGUGAGAUUCAGAAUUUCAAGGAGUGGCUAAAACAAAGAUUUAUUGCAUAUGGCCCAAAUGCAUUGUACUCAAUGCCCAAACCAUGGGUAGAUGAGCUUAAAGAAUCAUAUGGAUCUCUCAUCAUUGGAGAUCAGCUGAACAUCUCUUCUCCCAGCAUAUGGGAUACAAUGGAAAGUGUAUCAAUUAUUGCAACUGCAAUGACUAAUGUAUUGGAAAACCACUGCAGUAACAUCUCUGGCACAGUAUCUUUGGAGAAGUGUGGGAUUGACUACAAUGAUAUAUUUAGAUUAUUAGAAGAAGAAGUUUUAAGUGCCAUUCACAACAACUGUGAACUCAGAGGUUUCAGUCUAUGGAAUGGCCAUCACUACAUUGGAACAUGGAACAAUAAUUCUGGUUUUAAAUUAAUCAGCCCCGUAAACUUUUCUACUUUGUUAUCAGAUUGUACAUCUGUUCAAUGCUCAGUAUGCAUGGAAGAGACAGAAUUGGAAAAGUCUUUCCAUGAACAGCCUACAGUUUACCAUAAUUUUCAAUACACAUGGCCAAUAGCCAUAGGAGGUAUGACACUACUAGGCAUUAUAGCAACAGUUUUGAUUUCAUUGUAUUUUCUUGGAUUCUCAUCUCCAUUCAGUGCUACUGUGGCAUGUCAUACAUCAGCCUUAGAUUACUUUAUGCUUUUGGGCAUACUGCUGCUGUUUACAUCUAACUUUACAUUCAUACUUUCCCCCACAUCAGCUGUUUGUGGAUUAAGAAGAAUUUUCCCAGGAUUUUCCUACACAAUAAUUUUCUCUGCGAUGCUCCUCAAGGCAUCAUCAAUAUGGAGAGAAAACACUAGGAAGAAGUUCACAGAAGACUGGCUCUUCUGUUCGUCAGGACUUAUAAUCAUGGCAGUUAUUUUAACAGUAAUACAGGUCAUAUUGUCUGGAGUCUGGUUGCUGCUUAUUCCACCUCAACCAUAUCUGACUACAGAGACAGGCAUCAACUUUUGGAAAUGUUAUCCAAGUGGCAACUUUCAUGCACACCUGUUAAUAUCAUUGAUAUAUGUUAUACUACUCCUCAUAAUGGCCGCUGUUGUGUCCUUAAUUAGUUGCUUCAGUUUCAGAAAAGAAAGCUGCAGUGAAGAUGAGAGAUCUAAGGAAGCAAGAGGCAUACUAGCAGCUUCAAUUUUAACAGCUGCUGUAUUUACCUUCUGGGGCAUAAGUACAAUAACAGCAGUUUCUCCACAAAAUUCUGAUCUUGCAACAGCAACUGCUCAUUUGAUUUCAGCUUAUCUUCUGCUUCUAAGCCUUGAAUUAUCUAAAUUUUUACCAUAUAUGCAUGAUGACUCUAUAUCAUCAGGACCUUCAAACAUCCGGACUGUUUAUGAUAUUUCAAAUUUUCAUCCCACUUCUAUAAAAGGUCUGCCAGGCUUCUGUUCUGCUGCUCCAACUGUUCAGUUAGAUUCUACACAACAAGAUGAUGAUAUACUGGAUGACCCUUCACAGAUUAUACCCAGUUCACUAUAUUCACUUGAUAUGUUCAGCACGACAGAGAACAGACAAUUGGAAGAUGAUGAUGAAGAACAAGGUGAACACUGUGAACCAGGAACAAAUGAAUUUAUGCCACCAGCCAGUGCCAUUCGAGGAGUUGAAGACAGGCUGUCUAUCCAAGAAACAUUGUCCUACAUGUGAUUAAUACUAUAUGCAAGCAGCUAACAACAAAGAGAAAGCAAUGUUUUUGAGAUAUUGGCAAGAUCCAUAAAAAAGCUUAUGGUUCAUCUGCAGUCUUCUAUGAAUGACAACUAAAGUCAUAAGAUCAAAAACCAUAAACAAAACUGUUAGCUUGUUAUAGACAAGGAGUCAAAGUGAUUCUGUUGUUGUCAUUUCCUUGUAGGAGGAUUUAUAUGGCUAUAGUGACCUGCAUUCCACAAAUAUACAAAAUAGAAUAAAAAAUCACUAUCAUCUUUUGUAGUACAACAGUUCAGAAAUGAACAGAGACAGAAGUUGUAAUAUAAUGGAAU